CGUGGAGCGUAGGCUAAGAUGGCGGCUGAACGGCGCGCGCAUGCGCCCUGAAAAGAGACGAAGAGAGUUUUUAGGGCCGCCGGAGAAACCUGAAGGGAGGCUGAAGCCGUCUUGGGUCGACCGGGAGAGGAGACGAGGCGAGGGGGCGCUUUCCAUCCUGCAAGAUGUCCGAAGGAACUUCAAGUGGCGAUCCCGAGAGUGCCCGGCCCUCACUUCCUGCUGCUCGAGGGCUAAUAGGGAGAAGGACUCCCGCGCCAAUCUCGGCAGGCCGCCUACCCUCCAUCCGCUCCCGAGAUCUUACCCUUGGUGGGGUCAAAAAGAAAACCUUUGCCCCUAACAUCAUUAGCAGGAAAAUCAAAGAAGAGCCCAAGGAGGACCUUUCUGCCACAAAAGAGAAGAAGGACCGGGAUCGAGAUCGGCAGAGGGAAAGUCAUGGACGAGGCAGAGGGAGGCCAGAAGUUAUUCAGUCGCACUCCAUCUUUGAGCAAGGCCCAGCGGAAAUGAUGAGGAAGAAAGGUACCUGGGAUAAGUCUGUGGAUAUGUCUGACUUUGGCCCAUCCCACAUCAUCAACAUAAAGAAAGAGAAGAGGGAGACGGAUGAAGAGACUAAGAAGAUCCUGCGCAUGUUGGAGAAAGAUGAUUUCCUGGAUGACCCAGGCUUGAAAAAUGACAUUCGAAACAAGCCAGUUCAGCUGCCGCUGGCACAUUCUGGUUGGCUCUUCAAAGAAGAAGGGGAUGACCAGGAGGACAGCAAGCUCUCGAACGUCAGCCAUAAAGAGGAGGAGCCGGAAACGGGUGUCUCUUCGGUGAAAGUGAAAGAAGAACCCCACGACGAAGAGGAGACGCCAUGUGCCCAGGCUCCGGCACCCACCAAAACCCCUCCUCCCUUCCCGCACGAUGUCUCCCUGGCGGAGCUGCUGCCGCGAUUGAGUCUCUCCAAGGAGGAAGAGCUGCUCUUCCUGCAACUGCCAGACACGCUCCCGGGACAGCCGCCCACACAGGACACGAAGCCGCUGAAGACAGAGGUGCAGAACGAGGAUGGGCAGAUGAUGGUGAUAAAGCAGGAGAAAACCCAGGAGACCAAGGAAGCAGAGAAUACCUGCACCCUGGGGGAUCUCUCCGAAGGGCAGGUGGGGAAGUUGCUGAUCCGCAAAUCAGGAAAGGUGCAACUUGUCCUCGGCCAGGUGACUCUUGAUGUAACUACUGGAACACCCUGCUCCUUUCUUCAGGAGCUGGUGUCGGUCAGCAUCGGAGACAAUCGGAGUGGCGAAAUAAUCGUCCUGGGCCACGUCAAGCACAAGCUGGUUUGCUCUCCAGAUUUUGAAUCCUUGCUGGCCUACAAGCAUCGAUAGGGCUGCUGCAAAACUCCUGGCUAGGGUUAGCUGCGUGUCCUGCCUAAAACAGCAAUGAUUUGGUCUCUCUCCCUGUCCCCGAGUUUGAGUGCCUGUCCCUGAAUUUGAGGAAGAUAGGAGCGUCUUCCAGGAAGAACUCUGCCUGAAGAGAUUGGCAACAGUCAUGGGAACGAGACUAUUGACGAACAUCUGGUUGUCAGAGAUGAUCUGGAGCUCUGGAAUCUUCCUCUGGAGGAAGGGGAAAGGAUCUGAUGCCAAGGACUUGCUGCAUCCUUCCUCCCAGUUCCAUACAUGAUAUGGCUUGCCUUACCCUUGUAAUGACUUUUUAAUAACUUAAUUGCACACACUACCCGGUGAUACGAUCCCAAAGGGGAGAAUAGGAAAGACGUGAGUCUUGGAGUCAAGCUUACCUGUUUAGCAGCUGUUUUCCUGCAGAUGCUAGAAAAGAUGUCGCCAUUCCAAACAUCCGUAGGAGAUCAUACAAGGACGCCUUUUCUCUUUCGCCUUCUGGAGCUUUACCACCACACAGGGCAGUAGGAGAAAAGGGUGCAGCGGGAGAGGUUUGGGAAGACACAUUAGACUGUGUCUUCUGUAGUGAGAUAUCCUGUACAUCUCUUGUGGUUCAGACCAGCUCAUCAGGCACCUGGUGAGGUUUUUUUUCUCCUUUCUCUCUCUCUCUCUCUCUCUCUCUCUCUCUCUCUCUCUCUC